AUGAGCGCAAUGAUGGACUCAAGAUUGAAUCGUUUACAAUCCAACAUUCAACAGUCUCAGUUUGAUAUUUCCAACGCACAGAUCAACAAUAUAGAGGAAAGUGUAUCAGACAAUUACAAGUUUCAAAGGAAAGGGAAUGAAAACCAGUUUCGACACAGUGUUAAAGUAAUUUCCAAGUUAACGGAGGCCCGUUCCUUGCUGGAUACUCCUGAUGUCAGCCUCUCCAAAGUAGCCGUGGCAAAAGACAAGAUAUCGGAAGGUAUAGACUUAGUUCAAGAGCGUCAGAAGCUUAUUAAGUUAGCGGAUUCUUCCGAGUUAGGAUGGCGUGUAGUGCAGGAAUAUGUUACAAAUCCUAUAGCAGACGAUUCUGAGGACGAGAAACGUAUGAAUAGGGCCCAAUCUAGAGCUGAAAGAAAAUCUAAAGCGGAAAAGGCAAAAAAGCGUCCAAGACCAGUUCCAUAUAAUAAAGAUAGGAGCUCUGAAGACAAGAACUCAAACUACAAGCCUGGUAGAUGUUUCACUUGUGGAAACAGAGGCCAUUGGAGUGAUAAUUGUCCACAAAAUAAGAAGUCAAAGAUGAGUACAUUCAAUUUAUUACAUUUAAAAAACGAUUUGUUAUCAUCUGAAUCAAAGAUAAAUAAUGUUAGUUUUGAACAUACAUGUAAUAUUUUACCUUCUGUCUCAAUAACGAGCAAGUACGAUAUACAAGACAAGAAUGUAACGACUGAACAGUUGUCAUCUGACACUGUUUUAUACUUACCUGGCACACCUGUAGGUAGAUUAAAGAUCAGGUUAGAUAAAUGGAAAUUGAUAACUGAUAAUCAAUACAUUCUCGACAUAAUCGAGAACGGUUAUAAAAUACCGUUUAAAACAGAACCUGAUCGUAUACAUAUUAGAAAUAACAAAUCUUCAAUAGACAACAAAGAUUUUGUUUCAUCAGAAAUUUUAAAUCUAUUGAAAAAAUGCUGUAUCAAAGAAGUAAGCACUAUACCGUUAGUCGUUAACCCACUUACGGUAGCUUUCAACAAAUCGAGUAAACCCAGACUCGUCCUUGACUGUCGUCACAUAAAUCCACACUUAUUUAAAUACAGGUUUAAAUACGAAGAUUGUAAAGUCGCUAGAGAAUUGUUCAAUGAAAAUGAUUUCAUAUUCAGUUACGAUUUAAAAUCGGCAUAUCAUCAUCUUGAGAUAUUUAAAGAGCAUCAACAGUAUUUAAGGUUUUCAUGGCUGUUUGAUAAUACAGUAAAAUAUUUUGUGUUUGCUGUUUUACCCUUUGGAAUUUCAACCGCAGGGUAUAUUUUUUCAAAGGUUUUGCGAGAAGUGGUUAAAGAUUUCAGAUCUCAAGGCAAGAGAAUUAUAAUGUUUUUAGAUGAUGGUCUUGCUGGUGAUAAAGAUUUUGUCACUGCUUUACAGUGUAGUAAACAAGUUAAACUUCAAUUAGAAGAUUUGGGUUUUUUAAUAGCGCAUGAAAAAUCGCACUGGUUUCCUUGUCAAAAAUUAGAUUGGCUCGGUUUCACAUGGGAUACAAAAAAUGGUAACAUAUUUGUCAAGGAAGAAAGGAUAGAGAAAUUAGAAAAAUAUUUGAAUUUUGUUUUAUUUCAAGUGACUAAUGGAAAGAUUUUAUUCAGAGCUAGAUUUAUAGCAAGUAUUGUUGGUCAGCUUAUUUCCAUGCACGCCGUUUUUGGCAAUGUAGUACGUAGAAAUACUAGAUUUCUUUAUGAUUGUGUUAUGUCAAAAGCUAGUUGGCAAGCUUGUGUACGAAUAACGCACGAAGCUUUGAGCGAAUUAAUGUACUGGAAUCUUCACUGUAGAAAUAUAAAUACAGUAGGUGCUAAGAUAAGCACGGUAACAGUCAAUACUUUGUUUGACUGCGAGAUUUUUUGUGACGCCUCAGAUGUGGGCUUUGGUGGUUAUAUUACACCUUUUGCUGAUUCUCAUUUUGAGAAUUUUGAAACAUUUGGUAAUUGGACCAAACCGGAAAUGGGUGAAAGUUCUACAUGGAGAGAAUUAGAAUGUGUCAGAAGGGUAUUAAAGACAUUUAGUAAUGUCACUGAAAACAAACAAAUUAAAAUUAAUUCCGAUAACAAGAAUGUUGAGCAUAUUUUGAAAGUAGGUAGCAAGAAAUUGAAAUUACAAUCAAUUGCUACCUCUAUUGUCGAUUUUUGUGAAGUUCAAAAGAUUAACUUAACACCUAAUUGGAUACCAAGAACUGAAAAUAAUGAUGCAGAUUAUCUGAGCAGAAUCAUGGAUCAUGACGAUUGGGGAAUAGAACCCUCAAUUUAUCAUUAUUUGUGUCAUUUAUGGGACAUUUGUACGGUAGACAGAUUUGCUACACACUAUAACUCUCAGUGUGAGAGAUCUAAUUCAAAAGUAUGGUGUCCAGGGACAGAAGGUGUAGAUGCUUUCACCCAGUUUUGGGGUAACGAUGUAAACUGGCUUGUACCGCCACCUAUCUUAAUUACUAAAACUCUGCAUAAAUUAAAACAAGAUAAAGCAAAAGGAACACUGGUCGUUCCUGAGUGA